GUUUUGACAGACCCGGAAAUGCACCAAUAGUUAACCCGAGACGGACGGCUCUGUAUCCGCCUUCGCUGCUCCCUUGUUGAAGGAAGUAAAGUCUGUCAAACAUGAGUUUCCACUACGGCCAGGGCUAUCCAGGAGGAGGUCACCAACAACCAGGUGCUCCGUACGGCGGAGGCAGUGCUCCCUAUGGUCAUCACCAACCCUCUGCACCAUAUGGAGGUGCACACGGGGGUUAUGGAGCUCCAGGUCAUGGAGCUCCAGGUCAUGGAGCUCCAGGUCAUGGAGCUCCAGGUCAUGGAGGGCAGUAUGGGCAUGGACAAGGAGCUGCCCCCGGUGGACCAUACGGGGGUUAUGGGGCACAACCUCAUGGAGGGCAUUAUGGACACCAUGCUCCUGCAGGUAACAUCCCUCCUGGUGUUAACCCAGAGGCGUACCAGUGGUUCCAUACUGUCGACACAGACCGCAGCGGCUUCAUCAGCCCCAAGGAGCUGAAGCAGGCGCUCGUCAACUCCAACUGGUCUGCUUUUAAUGACGAAACCUGCCUCAUGAUGAUCAACAUGUUUGACAAGACUCGGUCUGGGAGAAUAGACCUGUUUGGCUUCUCUGCUCUGUGGGACUUCAUGCAGCGUUGGAAAGCGCUCUUUCAGCAGUACGACAGAGACCGCUCAGGUUGUAUCAGCAGUGCCGAGCUACACCAAGCCCUCGCUCAGAUGGGCUACAACCUCAGCCCUCAGUUUUCUGAGACAUUGGUACGACACUUCAUAGUGCGAGGUGGGCCUGGCAUCCAGCUAGACCGUUUCAUCCUCUGCACCCAACUCCAGACUAUGACCCAGGUCUUCAGGGAGAGAGACACCAACAUGACGGGCAACAUCCGCCUCAGCUACGAAGACUUCCUCUCUGGGACCGUCACCAGGCUCAUGUGAGCCUCAUCAGUGUCAUUCCAUGUUCAGGUCAUUUUGCUCAGAUUGAAAUACUCUUCCAUAAGUGCCCAACUUGCUGCUAUAUCUAUAUUACAUCAGCCAUCCACUCAUUCCAUGGCUUGUUGCUUUGAAUAGAUAAAGCUUAGCUCCAUGCAACGGGGAACAGCAUUAAGGUUCCUUGGUGACUAUCAGGUUUGUCUUUUGUUAACCGAUACCAGUACUUGAUUAAAAUGAUGGAGCCUAAUUCUGAUACAAGUGAGCACGUAUUUACCUCCUGUUUUUAUUUACAGUGCGUUGCCCUGACAACCAUACUGACAACAAUCUGUCUUGACUGAAUGAGUUCAAAGACUUGGCUUGAGAAGGAAACGUGAUAGGUGUGAAAAACAUAACAAAAUCCACCAGAGAUGGAUUUUAAUGUCCUGCAAUCAACUGGAGGAUAAUAAUUAUGCAAACCCAUAAGUCGGACCUUGUAAAUUCAUUUACAUUUUACAGCACAGGAUUAUGUUUUAUACAUACAUUAACAUUUGAUUCAUUGUAAUUAGGGCUAUUCAGCAUUUCCACAGGAUCACUUGUAUUGAAUUGCUUGUAUUGAAAGCAGAAUGACUUUCACUUGUAGUGGAGUUAAAGGCGUAGGUGUUAGAGCUUGGAAAGCUUACUUUUAAGUGUUCAUAUAGAAUAAAUGUAUUCAUGUUUCUGCUAAAUUGCACUCUUGUAAGCCAGUAAAAUAUGAAGACCAAUAAUCUGUGGCCAAAAGACAAGCACUUCAAGCUCCUCUGUAUUUUUUAUUCUUUCACCUUGAUCUCAAAGAUUUGGGAACUUUAGAAACUUUGGGGCUUGUUCAUUAAAAGGAAUACACUCCGCACAUGUUAUUAAGAAACAUGCCAAAAUGGUUCCUAAUGCCAAAAACAAAUGCAAGCUUUUAUAUCACAUUUUUGAUGUAUAAAUAAUAUUGUUUGAAUGCAUUUGCGAUGCUAGAAAAAUGCAGUUUCCUUCUUUUUAAACUUUUACUUUUAUUAUAUGAGCUGAAUAAUGGGAUUGAAUGAGAAAUCUGUAUCUUAAGGAAACAAAUAUUGCAUAAAGACCACUUAUGUAUCAAUAAAGUAUGUGAAACAUUUCUAAAA